AUGUCUGGUUUGGACUCGAAUCAGAGACUCAGCGCAGAGCAGGCUGGCUCCCUUUCCCAUUCUGCGCCGGGAUCGCUGUAUGAAUAUCCCGUUACUUCGGAGGCUGAGGUUACAGCUGCUGCUUUGUUUGAUCCUGCAUAUUCUCUCCAGCCUUCUACGCUGGCUGUUUCGAGUUCGCAGGUUGCGCAGACAUUGUCCAUGGUUAGUCCGCUUGAAGGGGCGCAUCCCUUUGACUUCUCGCUGGACCCUGCGCUGGAAUUAGGCGAUAAUAACUUGGGAUAUUUGAAUGAGGUCGACCUAAAUAUGGAUUUGGAGUUGCCGGCUAUGGAGGAAGUGUUUCAUGUCGAGGAUUGGUCUAGGUAUAUGUGGUCGGCUGAGACAGGGUUUGAGCAUUUGGAUACUGGAUUUCCUCCUGUGUCACAAUAA